ACCCCCGCGCGCCCCGCGACCACCCUUGCCCUGUCAGCGCCACUGCGACUUCAAGGGCACUUGGCGGAGACCAGCAAAACGGUGUCAUUUCGAUUCCUGAGUCAAAGCCAGAAAGCCAUCACAAUGAGCACCUACAAGAUUGUUAUGGUGAGGCACGGCGAGAGUGAGUGGAAUCAGAAGAACUUGUUCUGCGGCUGGUUCGACGCCAACCUCAGCCCCAAAGGUGAGGAGGAGGCCGUUUCCGCUGGCAAGGCUCUCAAGGAGGCAGGCUACACAUUUGAUGUUGCGCACACCUCAGUCCUUACCCGUGCCCAAAAGACUCUGGGUGCCAUUUUGAAUGGCAUUGGCCAGGCUGAUCUGCCUGUCGAGAAGUCAUGGCGUUUGAAUGAGCGUCAUUACGGAGGUCUGACAGGUUUGAACAAGUCUGAAACCGCUGCCAAGUAUGGAGAGGACCAGGUUCAAAUUUGGCGACGAAGCUUUGACAUUCCUCCUCCCCCAAUGGAAGCUGACCAUCCCUACUAUGAAACAAUUGUCAAGGAUGCUCGCUAUGCCAAUGGCCCUUCACAGGAUGAGUUCCCCAAGUUUGAGAGUCUGAAAUUGACCAUUCAACGUACUCUGCCUUACUGGAAUGACGUUAUUAUUCCCCAACUGAAGGCUGGCAAGAAGAUUAUUAUCGCUGCCCAUGGCAACAGUUUGAGAGGCAUUGUUAAACAUCUUGACAAUAUGAGUGAUGAAGCCAUUAUGGGACUGAACCUCCCAACUGGAAUUCCAUUUGUGUAUGAACUCGACAAAGACUUCAAGCCGGUUGUGUCCAUGAAGUUUUUGGGUGAUGAAGAAACUGUAAGGAAGGCAAUGGAGGCUGUUGCAGCUCAGGGAAAAUCUAAGUAAAUUUGCAGACUUAUUUUAAUACAACUAGGUACUACCACUGUACCUUUGAAAUGAUUGUCUUCUCAUAAAGAAGGAUAAAUGUUUCGGUACAAAUAAGCAAGGAUUCUCUACCUUCCUUUAUUUUAUUUUUCUGUGUUUCAAUGUUAAGUUGUCACAGUUGAAAGUUUCCUUAUUUAUUUAAGGAUUGUGGGUGCUGUGCACUCAUGGGUCAUAGCUUUGUAGACAAACUUUUAAUACAUGCUGGUUUCAUGUACAGUCCAAUAAAAUGUUACCACCUACCUGUAUUCUACAAUCAGGACAUGGUCUAGUCCUUGAGCAAGCCCCUCUAUUCUUUCAUGUCUAUUUUUGUUUUUACCAGUUUGUUGAGAUUUAUUUAUUUUUCCUGUGUUUGUUCCAAAAGGCUUGUUUCUUAAAAAGGUCAUUCUUUAAUGAUCACUGAAGGUAUUCACAACAGCCAGCAUAGUGAUUAGAGUGAAGUUAUUGUAUUUACCAUGACCUAGCUCAGUUUAAAUAAAUAGAACUGUUGGUGAGAAAGGUGCAAAUGA